AUGACCUCUCCAAGUGUAAAUUUCGAAGAGGAUUCUGGAAUCAUCAAAUCGGGUCCUGUUGUCGCGGGUUUCGCUCCCAUUAAAUCGAGAAAGAAUUAUUAUGCCGUGCUAUGCGAGCGUGCGCUGGAAUUACACGAAAGUGAGAAGACGUACAGGAAACGGAAAUCAGCUCGACAUCUCAUCGAUCUUUCAAUAGCAUUCAAUCUUCACAACGAACAUGUGAGUGACGUGAAAUUUCUGUUUGGUAUUACAAAAUACAAUAAUACAACAGCUAUGAAUCAUUUUACUGCACUUCAACAGCAAUUGCAAUCUGAUACGAUUGAUGAAUUUCAACUGGACCAGUUCUCCGAUUGA